GAAAAGAAAACAACCAAGGUGAUGCGCACGCGGUGAGAUGGCGUGGAGGGGGCUACUCCUCGUGCUAUGGGUGGUCGGCGUCGCGGCUGAAGGGAAACAUGAAGCUUCCAGUACGCCGAAGCCAGACGACUCAACAGCCGCACCAACGCCACCCAUUCCUCUACGCCCCGAAUACGCCCAUCCGGCUGGAGUCGAAGCUUUAGACCCGUACAACUCAGAAAAGAACCACCCACCUCCCCACCACAGAGACUACUUAGAAGAAGACUAUGAUGGUGAACCGUAUAAAGAGGACGAUCACGACAAACGUGAAGAAGAUGAACUACCCAACUUAUCAGGAGAUCACUUACUCCAAAGUUCGACUGAUGAUCUUCCAAUGUUUCUACUAGAACCCUCACAUUCAUUCGUUGUUCGAAAUAAACCAGCUACAUUAAGAUGUCGGGCAGCGAAUGCCCUACAAGUGUACUUUAAGUGCAAUGAAGUUCGGUCGGUUGCUAGCACGCAGUUCGAGUUUGUGGACCCGCAAACUGGUGUCAGGAUUGUUGAAGCGGAGUGCAACGUGACAAGAGAUCAGUUAGAAGAGUAUUUUGGUGAUGAUCGGUUUAUUUGUACGUGCUACGCGUGGAGUAGCCGUGGGGAUAUCAAGAGUCAGCCUGCCGUUGUAGAAUUGGCAUAUCUCAAGAAAGUAUUCACACUAUCACCAUCGCCAGCGUCCGUCGAAGCGGGUUCAACAGUCUCCUUGCGCUGCGCCCCGCCGCAAGCCGCUCCCACCCCUCGGGUGUCGUGGCUUAAACACGGGUCUCCUCUGCAACAGGAUCAUAAUGUGCUGAUUUCUGCUGAAGGGAACCUGGUUAUAUCGAGGGCUACGUUACAAGACAUGGCGAACUACAGCUGCGUGGCCGAAAAUAUCGCGGGCAAAAGAAUUUCGGAACCAGCACUUCUCACCGUCUAUGUGAACGGCGGCUGGUCCCCCUGGGGUCCGUGGACGCAAUGCCGCUGCAACGGCCGUGCGGCCGGCGGCCAGCGAAGGACCCGCAGUUGCACGGAGCCACACCCGUUGAACGGUGGCGCACCCUGCCAGGGUCAGGCCGUGCAGAGGACGCCGGAUUGCAUAUCGUGUCCAAGUGAUGGAUAUAUGGAUCUGCAAGCGUACGAUAGCUCACAACAGUUAUUAAUCGCGGGUCGCUGGGGCCCUUGGUCGGAGUGGUCGGUCUGCGGUACCGACUGCCAGCAGACGCGCCGCCGAGCUUGCGUCGGAGACACGCCGUGUCUGAACAGCGCUCACAUACAGCACGCCGACUGUGUUGGUGACUACUGCGGAGUCCAUGAGAUUGCGGCGCACAACGACGUGCCUCUGUACAUCGGCAUUGCAGUGGCCGUGGUCGUGUUCCUGGCCGGCGCCGCUGUCGUCUACAAACUGCUGCAGAAGAAAACGAGGGACCAUUCGCUGUACACUAUGACUAGGACAGAUUUCCAACCAGAAAUGUACCCGACUGUAGAGAAGCAGUCCCUAUCCCUGGCUCCAGAUCUGAUGCAGCAUAGACCACCCAGAUACGAACACCCUCAGGACACCAGGGCCGAACAUCAUUACGAUGUCCCACACCUAACUAACAGCUACGCUUCGCCAGUGGACCACCAGAUAACGCCGUGUGCGUCGUCCAAAGGCCAGAGCGAAGACUAUGACAGCAAACCCUACAGCGAGUCAGAGCAUUCCGUUUCCAGUUGUUUUACAAGCUCGGGGUCCAUGUACGAUGCAGCAAACGAAUCAGUGACGUUGCAACUAGCGGAACUCGUGUCGAACUCGCCUACUUCACAAUCGCUCUCUGUAGCGAGUUCUGGAUCGAGAUUGGCCCUGCCAGCUGCCGGGGUAGCGCUGUCAGUUCCUGAGAACGCCCUUAGUAGGGGCAGGAGGGAGCAGAUGUAUGUGGCUGUCGUGAGGGACGAUAGAUACAGGCCGAGACUCGGUAAAGGUAUCACGCAACUGAGUCCAGUAGUUAAGUGCGGACCUCCGCGGCUGCAAUUAAACAAGCCGGUCGUCCUUCAGAUUCCGCACUGCGCUAGCCUCAAGCACGGCUUCUGGAACCUCGCCUCUACGAUAGACCACAACAAGACAGACAACGCCCAACCACAGUGGAAGAAAGUCGUCGGCCUGGGACAGGAGACCAUAAACACCCCAGUCUUCACGCAACUUGACAACGACAAGAUAUACUUAGUUACUGAUAUGCUAUCAACUUUCGUGUUAGUCGGAGAAAGUUUUAAUGGUAAGGCAGUCAAAGCUUUACAGUUAGCUGUUUACGCUCCCGCAGCGCCUAACGAAAGCUGUUCGGAGUAUAGUAUAAGAUUAUAUGUAUUUGAGGACACUCCUUGUGCACCUUACUAUUGUCAGGAGCAAGAGAAGAAGUUAGGAGGUGUGCUACUCGAAAGAACCAAGACACUCCUAUUCCAAGAUGGCGGCUCCAACCUUUGUUUAAAUCUAGAACACGUUAGUCCUGGCUGGAAAGCCAAACCAGGUAUUGGCUAUCAAGAAAUACCAUUCAACCAUAUCUGGAGCUCUAAUUACAACGCCCUACACUGCAGUUUUGUACUAGAAAGAACUCACGAUUGCGACUCCAUAGACUUUAGUAUUUCCGCAUGUCAAAGAACUAACCCAUCAUAUAAACAAACAUUCCGAAUAUCUCUUGAAGACAUGAGAAGUCGCUCGCCGCGCGGUCGUUCGCCCCGCGCUGAAUCGCAGCGCAGUUUCAACAUAACUGAAAAUCUUUUAGAGGCUCGUAUGUGUAGAAGCGAGGACGGUGACGCUAAAAGAAACGUCACGGUUAGCGAGGCGGGAGUUAAUGAAUGCUCUAGCGAAGGUCCUUUUAAAUUGAGCGCGAGGGUUAAGCGACAACUGUGUGCUAUAUUAGACCCACCGAACGCACGUGGUAACGACUGGCGGGCCUUAGCCGCGAGGCUCGGGGUGGAUCGUUACACGACAUGGUUCGCCACGAAGAGUUCUCCGACGGAGACGAUUUUGGAGUUAUGGGAAUGUCGAGAGCGGGUCCCGGAGCGACAGCCGCCCUCGCCGCCGCCUUGCGACAGAUGGAGCGACACGACGCCGCCGACUUGCUACAAGGGAGACCCUCCUGGUUAUGAAUUCAUUAAAGGAAAGUCGAUAUUGGUGUAAACUUGAGUGACAAAGACGCUUAGGGGACUUGUUUCAGAAACAGUGCAAGUGCUGGUUAUAAAAGGUGUUUUUGUAGUUUCUGUGCUAAAGCUCGUUUAGAAGGUAUCGUAAGUUGGUAUACUACGUCUGUUGUACAUUAGAAUGAACAAAAGGAUUUAUAUGGAAGACAUGUUGGUAAUUUACUGAGUAGUUUAAUGUUAUGUUAGUGGAAAUAGUCUUUGGCCUCGGCCUAAGUUUGUAAAUCGUGGUAGUAUAUUUUGUAUAGACCAUUAUUACGCUGUAAGAUAAGCGAGGAAGAUAAAUUAUAUUAUUAUAGUAGCAAUAAUAGUGCCUACGAAAUCUUUUAAAGAACACUGCCGACCUGAGAUUGGCAUUUGUUAUUUUUUACUCUUAAGUGUUUGGUGUUUAUUGUAUUGGAAGAUAAUUUACGGCCUAAGUUUGUUUAUUUCGCUUUUUGUUUUAGACGCUUGAGUAUUCAAAAUGUGCCAAAUCUCUGAUGCCACAGCACUUUGGCAGUUUUAAACUUAACGCAACUUAUCAGAGCUUACUGUUGAAGAAAAAAUUGCUUAGCGUCCUAUUUAACUACAAAGACUUAAGCAAAUUGCAUUUAUUACUUAAAAUUGUAUCUCACUGUACUUUAAACUUAUCGAAUCCUAAGGCUGAUGAAGUCAUUCGUCACUGUAGAUGUGACGUUAUCUGGGUAAAGGGACCUUAUUGUCGAUGGCGCUUACAGCGUUAUAAGUAAAGAUCGUUAUCAAGGUGCACUUUUCGUGGCAAAUGGUACGGUUGGCAAAAAAAAAACAAAUACUUACAAUUAUACUUUAAAUACAUUCCUUUUUAGGAUUACACCUCUACGGUACAGUCAAGUGCAAAAAUACGUAUCGAAAUAAUCGUCUCAUAAAUAUGGUACUACGCUCUUAUUACACCGGACUAAGAUGCU